GCCUCCUCUAAUGGAGGAGAUGCUGAGAUUGUGGCAAUGGCCCAUGAUGGGGGUGUUGGGGGCACACUCCCCGAGGCAAGGCGAAUUAUCGAUCCUGGAGGGCCCACUAAGCGCAUUGAGUCAGCUUCGGCAAGAGACCUGGAUGCUCAUCAGCACACCUCCAAGAAGAAGACAAAAAGCUCAGCAAUUGGUGCAAUCCAUCUUGGUCAAGGGAAGCCAGCUGGACCGUGGAUUCCAGUUCUGGUUCAAAUCCUUAGCAAUAUACUCCAGCUAUAAGGUUUGUCAACUACGUGCCGCGAUGACGAGGGAUCUUGCCGAGAAGGACAGAUUGUGGGAGAUGCAGCAUGAAGUGGCAGCAGACAAUCUCUAUAACAUGUGUGUUGAUCUUGGAGGGUUCUUUCUCAAGUCAGGGCAGUUCCUAGCAAAGCCAGAUAUGGUCCCUGCAGCGUGGGUGAAGCGGCUCAGCCGGUUGCAUGACCAAGCACCGGCAACACCAUUCUCAGCUGUCAAAGAGAUCGUGGAGACGGAACUCGGCGCAAACAUGAAUCUCCUAUUUGACUCAUUCUGUGAGGAGCCUUUAGGUUCUGCUUCGAUUGCGCAAGUUCACAAAGCCAAGCUUCCGAGUAAUGGUGCAGAUGUGGCAGUAAAGGUUCAGCACCCAGGCGCAUACGAGUUGAUGAUGCAUGACUUAAGAAAUCAUCGGCGGUUCGCAGCCUUCUUACAGAAAUGGGAACUGCCAUUUGAUCUUCUCUCUGUACUUCGGGAACUCGAAUCUCAGGUGAAAAAUGAGUUUGACUUUGUGAAGGAGGCCAAUGCAAUGAACCAGAUUGCGGCAUCUCUGGAAAAUUCAACAGCACUGAGAUUUCCCUCUCAUGGUGACAACUUUCCUAAAACGGGAUCAUCAAGGCGAGGAGCCAGGACACCAUCUCCAGUGAUAGUUCCUAGGUCCUUCCCUGGUAUGAUAAGCAGAAAGGUUCUAGUGAUGGAGUUCAUCGAUGGAAUUCAGAUCAUGCGGCUUAGAGAAGAGAUGGAAAAACGUGGAAUUGCAUUUGAAGGCCUGGCUGGCAGACAGGCAAAGAGGCAUAUUCUGAAGGAUUUAACGGCAGCGUACGGGCUGAUGAUUUUGAGGGAUGGGUAUUUCCAUGCGGACCCACACCCGGGAAACAUCUUCAUCUGCAACGGAGGAAAGGUAAGGACGCAAAAAAAAUAAAAAAACUAAUAAAAAUUGAGGAAAGGUGAGGAGGACCUUUGGGCUACAAGUUAACAGCACCCCCAACCCUUUUGCUUCCCCGCCAAACAAACACAAACCGCCAGA